GUUCAUGCGUUCCUGCUAGGUCGCAGACGGAUGACGCAAUCGGCGCGCGUCUGUUUUGAACUGAAUGAAGCAACAUGGCUCUGUUUCCGUCCUGCGCUGGACUGUCAGGCAUUAACAGCUCUGCUGAGGAUAGAGCUCCAGCAGAUCUGGAAUGGCUGAGUAAUCAGAGCUUCAACAGAGAAGAUGCUUUGAAGACUCACCAGCGUGCCACAGACAGAGUGCAAGCAGAGGAACCAGCAGGCACAAGUGAGCAGAAGCGGAAAGAGAGAGAAGAUAGCCAUGGUAGAUCGAAGAAGAGAAAGAAAAAGAAGAAGAAAAAACUCAAGAAGAAGAGCAGAGAUAAUUCUGAGAGCAGUGGUUCUGAAUCCGACACCAUUUACCCCAGCGACCUGCUAAAAAAGGACAAUGCCGACAGAGAGGAAGCUCAGGUUCGGGUGAGCGAGACCUUUAUGUGGCUGGAUGACCUCCAGACCCCCACUGACUCCCCCUUCUGUAUCGACAGGAGAGCUGACCGUGCCAACUGGGAAUACAAAUCCCUUUAUAGAGGAGACAUAGCCAGGUAUAAGAGGAAGGGAGACUCAUGCCUAGGUUUGGACUUUAGGAUGCAGGAUGUAAACUGGGCCGACAAAGGCCCAAAGAAGAAGCGGCUGGUCAAGAAACCUGAGCGCUAUUUUUGUCCUUCCACCCUUCAGCGGCUGCGGUCAGAUAGUCUGCCAGCUUUGCCCAUACUCUCUGAGGGCAGUGCCGCCACCUCUGAUUCAUACAUCAAGCUCCCAGCCUGCAGUGAAGAGCAGGGCUCUUCCACCCAGGCACCUGUAUCAUGGGUCAAUCCGCUCGGCAUCUAUGACCCUGGAACCUCUCUGUGGUUGGAGGGCAAGGGUCAACCGGAGGCCAAGGGAGAUCAGCAGGGCGUUAAGGUUCAAGGAAGCAGCAGCACCCUUCUGAGCGCACGGGUGGAGGAGUUUAACAGGAAGCUACGGGAGAAUCCUACAGACAUCCAGAUGUGGCUGGACUUCGUACACUUCCAGGAUGAGCUGGCCUUCGGUUCUGGGUCUUUCUCUGCUGACAGUGACGGCGACAGUGACAUGAGAAAGAUGUCUAUUCGUGCUGUGCUGGAGAAGAAGCUGUCCAUAGUGGACAGGGCGGUGGAAAGUAACCCGGCCAACGUGGACCUGAAACUGAAGAAACUCUGCUUGUGCAAGGAACUAUGGGAGCCUGCCAUCCUGCAGAAAGAGUGGAAGAAACUAGUGUUUGUCCAUCCAAACAGUGCCCCUUUAUGGAGGAAGUACCUCCUCUUCACACAGAGUCAUUUCAGCACUUUCUCAGUGUCAAAGGUCAACAGCGUAUUCGGAAAAUGUCUGAGCACGCUCAGUGCAGUCCAGGAUGGCAGUAUGGUGUCUCACCCUCCACUUCCAGGCACACAGGAAGGCCUCUUGGAUAUCUUCCUACAGCAGUGCCAUUUCCUGCGGCAAGCAGGUCACACAGAGAAAGCUGUGUGUCUCUUCCAAGCCCUGCUGGACUUCACUUUCUUCAAGCCAGACAGUGUGAAAGAUCUACCCACUAGACAGCAGGUGGAAUUUUUUGAGCCAUUUUGGGACAGUGGAGAGCCCAGGAUAGGGGAGCGGGGGGCUCGGGGAUGGAAUGCUUGGAUGCUUCAGCAGGAGAGAGGAGGAUGGGUGAUUCCACCUGAGCCAGAUGAUGAAGAUGAAGAAGAGCAGGAGGAGUCAGAGAUCAAAGACAAGACCAGGCCUAAAUGGAAGAUCUGGUUAGAUGUAGAGACGUCCCGUGAGGCAAACAACUGGUUGCCAUGGAGACCAGAUAAAACCAAGGGCCAAUCAGAAGAGGACUGCGAGGACCCCGACAGGCAGGUAUUGUUUGAUGAUAUCGGCCCAUCUGUGAUUCGUGUGGACAGACCAGAUCUCCAGCUGCAGGUGAUCCUGUCAUUCCUGCAGUUCCUAGGUCUGCCUGGACCUUCAGGAAGGUUUUCUACAACCUCUUCCUCAAACAUUCUACUGGAUGAUCUCACCUUCCUUGAAGAGGGCCCAGACCAGGAGCGACCUCUGACCUCUUAUGACCUCCCAAUGGCUGGGAUCUGUGCAGUGGGUCACAUGACAUUUCUGAGUGACUGCAGGAGGCAGGCUGGGCUGUGUAAGGCAGGGGAGGAGUUUCUCCAGAACGUUCUACAGCAAACUCUACCGCUCGUUUCUGCACAGGAUCAAGCUGCUAUUACUCUCUGCUGGCUGCAGUAUGAGAAACUCAAGGUGCUGAGAUGUUUACGCAGUGGAAAUAAAAGGCAACUGAAGUCUCAGGGAAAGCGUAGUAAACGACUAGCGAAACGGCUCCUAAAAGAGCCCGAUAACAGGGGAAGUCUGGCACUUUGGAGAGAGUAUGCCUAUCUAGAGUGGCUUCUGGGUAACCUGGAAGAGGCGCGCAACGUAUUUGACACUGCCUUGGGUAUGGGUGUAUCUAGAGGUCUUAAUGACCCUGUUCUCUGCAACCUCUGCUUUCUCUAUGCCCAGUUAGAGGUAGAGCAGGCCUUAAGUGGUGGGGCAGCCUCCACUUCCUCCAAAGCUGUCUACAUUCUCACUAAAUUAGCCGAGGGUGCUGCUUACACUCCUUUCUCUGGCCAGAUCAACCCAGUGGCCAUAUUGAAGGCCAGGAAGGCCUAUGAGCAGGCCCUGUUGAGCUUUUUACCUGAGCAGAGCACAGACAGCGAUGCUGGAGCUCCAAAGAAACUCUGCAGGACAUCCAGCCUGGUUGGAUGCUUUGGGCUUUUUCAGUACCUGACAAUGGGGAUUGAUGCAGCUGAUGCCGUAUACAAUCAUGCCAUCCAAAAACUGAUUCCCACCAACUUGAAUUCAGAAGUGACAGAUGAUUCUCUGAGGAGAUGCAAGGUCUUUGCAGACUGGGAGUCUGUUGCUGUCCAGCGUGUAGCACUGCUACGUCACCACACCAACACCAAUGUGUUUCCUCUUUCCCGGCUAAGACUGGCACUUACAGAUGCCAUCUCCUUACUGCCCUCCAGCGCCUUGUUAUGGCAUCUCUACCUGCAAACAGAGAACCGCUAUCACAGCGCAGGCCGUGCCCGAAGGUUUUUCCACAGUGUGGCAAAGAAAACUGACAGUGUUGUGCCUUAUCUAUUCGCCAUCACUGCAGAACGACGACUCAAACAGCUUCUGGACUCGCAGAGGUCUCGUCAUCCUGGAGAAGCUCUCCCGGGCCAGUCAGUGAUUGGUCUUAGCAACCGUAUCCGCUGUCUGUUUGAAACUGCUACAGCAACAGAACAUGGGGCCCAUUGUCCUCUGCUGUGGAGAAUGUAUCUGAACUUCAUGGUAUGUGAUGGGACUGCAGAGAGUGGCAGUGGAAUCUUCUACAAGGCUCUACAGGAAGUGCCCUGGGUAAAGGGCUUGUACAUGGACGCCGUGCAGCUGUUUCCUGAACGUGUGCAAGAGAUUUUAGAUCUUAUGACUGAGAAGGAGUUACGUCUGAGAGUGCCCAUGGAGGAGGUGGACAUCUUGCUGGAGGAGUAGCCAUCCAAACCCUUACCACAAUACACUAGAAAUCAG